AGAUGGUGGGGACUUUGAGGAAGACAGUGGGGACGGUCAUUGGGAGAUGUCACUAAGAGGUUUCUGGGUAUUGGUAAUCUGUUGACCAAAGUGACAUACUUACUUUGAGAUCACUGAAUACGUACUUUUACCUAUGCAUGUUAUACUGCAAUUAUAUUUUUAAUUUUAUCUUUUUUUUUUAAGACAGUUCACUGUGUAGCCCAGGCUGGCCUGAAACUUUUGAUCCUUCUGCCUCAGUCUCCUGAGUUCUGGGAUUACAAGUGCAGAACCACCCAGCUAUGGAAUUCAAAUGAAUUCCUGUUCUGUGUUUCUGGUAGAUAUAAAGAAAGAAAAGCCAUUUUUUCACUCAGAUUUUGAUCAACAAGCCCCAGCAAAGACUAAGCUUAACCAAGCAUCUGAAAUAAUAGUCAUCAGCAGUGAGGAUUCUGAAGAUGAGGCCCCAAAGUCCAUCACCUCAGUACCAAGCAGGCCUGAAAUGAAUAACCAUGAUCUGUCAAAAUUAAGUGGAGGAGAAGAGGCCCAAGAAGCCACUUGCUCACGAAGCCGGAUUACAUCAGAGUCCACAGAUUUCAGAACAUCUCCUGUUUUCAGAAAAAGGGCUAGGAAAAGUGUGAGCGGACAUGUCUUCGACACUUCAGAAUCCAGUGAUGAGGAAUUACUUCCAGUGACUUGGAUCUCAGCAUCGAAGAGUUCUCUGGAUAGUGGGAAAGUAUCUGAUUUGAGGACACAGAAUUGGAAAACAUGCUUCAGCAGUAGUGACUUUUCAGAAUGGAGCCGUAGAGAAGAGCUUCCUGAAGUCCUGAGAAGGGGAUCAGCAGAUCCACAAGGACCAGCACAUAAGAAGUGUUCCUGUGUCAUGUGUUUCCCAAAAGGUGUUCCAAGAAGUCAAGAAGCAAGGAUGGAAAGUAGCCAAGCAUCUUUCAUAAGGGAUACCAUGGAUGUUGGAAAGAAUUCUACUUUGAGCAAAGACAGUAAGAAAAGAAGUUCUCUGCAGAUCUCAUUACGAAGGAAAGGCUGCUUCCCAGGAGGAAAUGUACAGAUGGUCAGAGACAGUGGCCCUGCUGGCCUCACAGGGGGAAAAGGAGGCAUAAAUAGAAUUCUGAGCAAAGGAAUACCAAAAAUACUAAAGAAAAGAGGUUGGCCAAAAGGUAAGAAAAAAAGAUACAUACAUUUUCAACAAACAUCUGAAUUUUCAUGCUUUAUUUUGUGCUUCAGUAACAAACUAUUUCCCUAAUUGCCUCUUGUGGCUGUACUGUUAAGAAAUAUAUCUGAUUUUGUCAGUUUCUAAAAUGUGUCAGAGGAGGAAAGGAAAGGCGGUAGCACAACAAACGAGUAACUUUGUGAUGAGUCAUCACCAGAUCCCAAACCCAAGGGCCCUGCCUCGAUGUUUCUGUUGAGCUUUUGUGGCUAGAAAUAGCUGUGGAAACAAACACAAAACAAAACAAACUGUGUGGACUUGAGUCUGUCACUUCACAGCUUCUACCUCAGUUUAUUCAUCUGUAAAGUAAAAUAACAUGAGUCAGACUGACUGCUCUCCAAGGUCUAUCCCAGCCUCAUACAUGGCUUCACACUCUCUGAACUGCCCCUGACUCCAUAAGGACUAUGGACAGCCUCCUCCCUGCUCACCCACCUCCUCCCACCUGGUGAACAUGGAGCCCCUCUGGAGCAUCUUCCAUGGUUCGUGGCUGGAAGGAUAGAACAGCAGCUCAUCAUUCUAAGUCCUUGACAUCUGUAUCUCCUGCUCAGAUGCUCAGUCCCUUUACUCCUGCCCCAUUGUCACCCUGUCUCUACUAGUCACUCACUCAAAUUUAUAGACAAAUUCAUCCAAAAUAAACAUAUAUAUGUAUAUACAUAUAUACACACCUUUAUAAUGCUAUUAAUAUGCUGCAAAGCAGUGUAUUUUACUACCUUUCCAUAGUUGAUAGUUGACUAACUUGCUUUGAAAUUAAGACAUUGACGGUCCUUGUAGAAGGUCCACACCCUGCUGCAGUUACCUUGGGCAGAGUAUCUCUCAGAAGCCCCCAGUUCAGCUUGCAUCUACAGUCUCCACCAGGCCAUGGGAGUCAUGUCUCUU